AACCAAUUCAAUGUUCCAACCAAAGCUGGCACGCGACAUCGACUUCGACCUCCUUACCCUCCUCCCCGAUACAUACACCUACCUACAUACGCUUCUCUAAUAUCAGUACACCAGAUACCUACCUAAUUCCUUGUCAAGUACUUUACGAGCUGCUGAAUCGAAAUACCUAGCACCAUUCUGCUUCGUCUAGAUUCAAUCGUCCCUGGGAAAUGCUGUGGGGUGGCUUCAAGGCUGUACGCAGACGGUGACUUGCAGUCAUCGCAACAAUGACACGAAGUGGUAUCUGGGGAUCGCUGGCAAGAUUUUGGACACAUUCCUAUGCUCCUGAUUACGUUGGGUUCGCCGGCCUCCUUACAGCCUACUUACUGAUCCAAUUUUUCGUUGAGCCCUUCCAUCGCAUGUUCUACAUUAACAACUUGAAUAUAUCUUUUCCCCACGCCGAGAUCGAACGAGUGCCAGUCUGGCUGAACUUUGUAUAUGCCUUAUUUGUUCCCCUUGGGCUUGUUCUACUAUAUAAUAGCUUUACCCGAGCAUCCUUCCAUAAACAUCAUAGCACUAUCCUCGGUCUUGCCAUCGCACUCAUACUUAGCUCAUUUCUUACCGAUAUCGUAAAGAAUACCGUUGGUCGUCCCAGGCCCGACCUGAUUGCCCGAUGUAAGCCACUUGCUGGCACCAAACUCAACACCCUCGUAACGAUCGAUGUGUGCACCGAGACAGAUCACCACACCCUACAUGAUGGCUGGCGAUCUUUCCCCUCGGGCCACUCCAGCUUUUCCUUCAGCGGCCUUGGAUACCUAGCUUGCUUCUUGGCUGGCCAGUUGAGGAUUUUUCGUGACAGGAAAGAUUUGGGUCGGUCAUUGGUUUGCCUUGCGCCGUUGGUCGGGGCUGCGAUGAUAGCCAUUAGCCGUUGCCAGGAUUAUCGUCAUGAUGUUUACGAUGUCUCCGUCGGGUCUGUUCUGGGAUUCACAGUUGGCAUUUUUAGUUAUCGCAGGUACUGGCCGCGCCUGGGUAGCCGCGACUGCGACGAACCAUACCCAACUCCUGGUACGCAAAUAGAAGAUAGUGAUGGGUGGAGAAGAGUUCGAGACGAAGAAGAAGGGCCUAUUAUUGGACGAAAUACUGGGUAUGGCAUGGCCAAUCUAAUUGGCGAGCAUAACUAACUGUGUUCACUCUAGGUAGAUGAAUCAAGUCCUGAAUAUGUAGUGGUCUAUACUACCUUG